AUGGAUAAUUCAGAUACUACCUCAUUUAGAAGUAUCUUGGCAAAUGCCAAAAAAUUACAAAACAAUGCGGAAAGCAUAGAUAUCCAGGAGAAUGGGAAAAAAUUACCAGUUAUUUACAAGGAACAAUCACAUAACCACAGUGAUCAAAAACAUUCUAAUAGUUCAAACAAUACGGUAGUUAAUGCUUUUACCAUAAAACAUAAUCAGCCCCAAAUUAGUGAUAAAAACGAUGAUAUCCAAAGUAAUAGGACGUCUGGGGGAGAUAAGUAUAGCAAUGCCAAAACAGUUUUAGUAAGUAAAACCCAAAAGGGAAACCCUUUACUAGAUAAAUUACAAAAUACCAAGUGGAGAUACGUUAGUUCUUCUCCCACCGCCAAAAUAGAAUAUGAUUAUCUAAUACGAGGUUCACGUAAAGUUAUAUUCUUGUCUUUAAAAUACCAUAAACUACAUCCAGAAUAUAUUUAUAGAAAAAUAAAGCCCAUAGUAAAUCAAAAUUCAAUUUUGCUAUGUGUAGUUGAUGUAGAAAAUUCAGAAGAUAUUUUAAAAGACUUGACCAAACUAACUUUAUUUAAUGGUUUUACACUAUUACUAAGUUUUAAUUUCGAACAAGCAGCCAAAUAUAUAAUGUUUUUAAAUAAAUAA